CACGGAAUGUUUGGUUGCGACUGACUGCGUCUUGCGUUACCAAUUGAACUCACCACAACGAAGAGGAAGGUCAGGGAAGAUGUCAGCCAAAUACGCUUUCUCGCAGACGUUGAAGGAGGUGCGGUUUUUGUUCUGCCAGACGGGCGAGCACAGUGUUGCUACGAGAUCAUUCCUUGCCCGCACAUACCCAACCAUGAAGAAACACAACCCAAAUACACCAAUCAUGCUCCGUGAAGCAGCUGGUACACAACCGAGGGUAUAUGCAAGAUAUGAGUUCGGACAAGAGAAGAGCGAGCCAUUAGCUGGUUUGUCGGAUAAGGAGAUCGAGGAGAAGGUUACGGGGCUGGUGAAGGCAGGGAUAUGAUUCUGCAUGGAGUAGAGGGACGGCUGUACAUAUAGGAUGGAUCCGAGGCAUAGGAAAUCCAUCAUUUCGACCCCGUUUCUUGCACCAUUCGAAGGCUUCGCUUUGCUUGGAAGUUCAGUUGGUCUGAAUGUCGGAAGGUUGAGCAGUGAGAAGCCCGUUGUGGAAAGCUAUGUGUUCAUUCUAUCAUCACAGCUGAGACUACUGAGCCGAGAUGGUUUCCAGCAGAUGCAAGUCCAAGUCUUUUUUCUUGUAUCUCUUUUGUUGCCCUUUGUUUCCAUGCGUAAUUCUCAUUGUAAGGUCUGAACUCUAGCUCCGUGCCGACACGCACUUGUCUUGACGAGGAUGGCACAAUUUCCGUGCCACAAUGCAUAGACAACAGUAUUGGUAUCCAAAAGGAAUCCAUUCAUCUCAUUUACAAAUCUACCUUAGGAGAAAGCUUGAUACGGAAAGCAGACAAUGACACUCGUUCCCUUUCCUACUCUCGAAUUGAUACAUCAAAAACGUGC